AUUUAAUUCAAUAUGAAUUGAAGUUUACUUUUUAUUGUUUAGAUAACAAAAUAUGGGAAAACGAAAUAAGAAUUUAAAGGAUUUAUAUCCAAAUGCCCUUCCAGUAACUCUCUCUAGUGAUGUGUAUGGUCCUUUGCCUGACAUCUACCCACAUAAUCCAUUAUCAUGGAUUUAUUUUGUAGGUACAUAUCUUUAUAUCCAAUCACGCCCUGUACCCGAGCAUAAAGUUAGGGUUGAAUAUUCCAAUGGAAUAUUUACCGUUUGUAAUGAUAAGGAUAUGGCUAGGUUAUGGAGUCAUGGCUUCUUUGGUAAAGGUUCUCUCUCACGUUCCGAUCCUUCUUGGGUUGAAAGAACCAGUCGAAGAUUGGGCUUAGAUAAUGAUUCGGGUAUUUCUAGUGAAGAUAUUACUAAACAAAGAAGAGAGGAGAGGAAGAGAUUUAAGGCAGAGAGGGCUAAAGUUGAAGCUUUAGAAUUAAAACAAAGACAGGGUCUUUUGAGUCCCAGCGAAGAAAGCAUAUUACUGGACUUGAAGGAAGAAUUAAAUGACUUUAAACAAAAGUCUAUUCUGGCUUCCAAUCAAGUAAAUGACCUAAUUUUGAGAGAAGAAGAUGAGAUUUUACUUGCUGAAGGUGUGAACUUGGAAUAUCUUCAAUUACAAGUUGUAGAGGUUUUCUUUUUACAAUUUGCCCUUGAUACGUUGAGUAUCUAUAAAGAUGAUCAUUUGUUGUCAACAAGUGAAGUAUUCUAUGAAUGCUGCAAACUUAAUCCAAAGUUUCUUCUAGAUUAUGUUGUUUAUCACCAUUAUAGAUCUCUUGGUUGGUGCGUUAGGGCGGGGAUAAAAUUUGGGUGUGAUAUGCUUCUUUAUAAGCGAGGUCCUCCUUUCAGUCACGCAGAAUUUGGAAUACUUAUCGUUUCUACGAAACUGAGACUCGACUGGAUCGAGAUCUCUUCAAUUUCGAGAGUGAUUGGUGGUGUUAAGAAAUCCCUAGUACUAUGCUUUGUUGAUGAGCCAAGUGAAUCACAAACGACUUCAGCUGGUGACAUCCAUUCACUCCUUUCGUCGUAUAAAGUGACCGAAGUAUUAUAUAGGAGAUGGAUACCCAGUAGAAGCAGGGAUUAA